AUGCACGAAGACAGCACAUGUACACACACAGAUGUCUCUCUGCGGGGCGUCGACCAAAGUAUAGUGACUGAAAACACACGCAAAAAGAGGCAUGUGUACGGAGAAGACGGGCGGUUCGUCAUUUCGGACUCCUACUUCAUCACCCACUAUCCUUUCGCUACGGCGGUUCGUCUGUCCACGGGGUGCUCUGGGGUUCUGGUGUCUCCCAAACAUGUGUUGACAGCGGCUCAUUGCGUUCACAACGGCAGGGACUACUUAGAAGAGACAAAACAACUCAAAGUGGGAGUUUUGCAGCUCAAGACAAAAAGAGAGAGAAGAGGACGCAAGAGGAGCGGACAGGUGAGAGGCAAAGAUCAACACGACAUAGAUGGAAGAGAGACAAGAAUAGGAACAUUCAGGAGAAGACAAAACAGAGGGCAGCAGAUCAAAAGAAUUAGGCAAAGUGUAGCAUCCAAUAGGCCACCUGUGUUCAGAUGGACUCUAGUGAAAGAAACCAGGCUUCCUCAAGGCUGGAUUCUCAAAGUCAACAACAAUUCCCUGUCCUCUGACUACAACUAUGCACUUCUGGAGCUGAAGCGUCCCGUCAAACAAAAGCCCAUGGAUCUCGGGGUGGCACCAGUCAAAACUUCUAUGGGACGAAUUCACUUCUCGAGCUUCGACGCAGAUAAAAGCCAUCUGGACGGACGUGGAAAGGAGAGAGUGGUCUACAGGUUCUGCUCUGUGGCAAAGGAGUCAGACGAUCUGAUUUAUCAACAUUGCGACGCGCAGACGGGUGCCAUAGGGGCCGGGGUAUAUGUGCGGCUGAGGGAGGGAGCUUGGGGGAAGUGGCAGAGGAGGGUGAUCGGAGUGUAUACAGGGCCUCAGUGGGUGGAGGUGAGGGAUGGAGAGCAGAGGGAGUAUAAUGUAGCAGUGAGAAUCACGCCCGCAAAGUAUGCACAAAUCUGCCACUGGAUACACGGUGACCCCAAACUUUGUAAAAAGAUUUGA